AUGCUGCUGGAGCGCGAGGACAGCUUCAUGUCGGAGUUUGAGGACGCGUGCAGCGCCUGGGUGGACAGCGUGGGCUCGAGCCGCAGUGACGGUUCGGACUCGGAUGUUGGGUCACCGUUCAGCCAAGUGUUCUCCCCCGGAACCGACGCCUCGGACUCGGACUUCUUCUCGGACUUCAGUGACUGCUCCUCGGACACGCUCUCCCCGUCUCUGGGCUACACCGGCAGCUUUUUCAACGAGCCGGAACCGGAACCGGCUGCGGCGGGACUGAGCAGCACGGCGGACGCGAUCCUGACGAUGAUCACGGAGAUCGUGGGGAUCUGCACGGAGAUGGAGCAGCAGCAGAUCGACGCCCCCACCCCGGACCUCAGCACCCCUCCCCCGGCUGCAGCCCCGCAGCUUCCCGCCGGAACCGCUCCGGUUCUGGUGAAGAGCGAGUUCGUGAGCUCCAGCUGCAGCAGCCGGUGCUCGCAGCCCUCCGUGGCCGGCAGCGACGCUCUGUUCCCGGCGUGCGCGGACUCGCUGCUCCCGCUGUCCGCCCUGGAGGUGGACGUGUCGGACCUCAUGGAGUCUCUGGGCUCCGAGGAGCUGAAGCAGGAGCCGCCGGGCCCGGAGGACUGGAGGAGGAGUCUCCCGGCGCCCGGUACCGGCGGAGAUUCCGGCAACUACGUCAUCAGCAGGCCCGCCAUAAAGACUGAGCUCGUGCAGGGCGACCUCCUGUACACCCCCUCCACACUGGACGCGCACCUGCUCGCUUCCCUCCUGCAGGGCGCGUUCCCGAUGAUCAACAUCAGCGCCGUGCACGCGCCCAAGCAGCCGCGCGCUGGCCGGAGAGCUCCCGCCAAGAGCGGGCUGAAGGCCAAGCCGUUCCCGUGCUCCGUGCACGGCUGCGAGCGCCGCUUCUCGCGCUCGGACGAGCUCAACAGGCACGUGCGCAUCCACACGGGCCAGAAGCCCUUCCAGUGCACGAUCUGUGCGCGCAGCUUCAGCCGCAGCGACCACCUGACCACGCACACGCGCACGCACACCGGGGAGAAGCCCUUCUCCUGCGACGUGUGCGGCAAGAGGUUCGCGCGCAGCGACGAGAGGAAGCGGCACGGGCGCGUACACGUCAAGCAGCAGCUGCGCGCGCAGAUGAUGGCCGCCUAUUCCCUGGCCCUGAACGCGCCCGGCGUGUAAAAGGCGCGCGCUCCCGCUCCUGGAAUCAAUUUGAAGCUUCGGGAUUUGAACCGACAACCGGAAGUACA